CCCAUCACGGGUCCCACUUUGGUCUAAUUUAAUAAAGCUCCUGAAAUACUCUGUACAGUAGAUCCCACUGGACUCAGACUGCAAGUAGGCAGCCCUUCUGACGUUGAGAGAGGAGGACUCUCCGAGGAGAUCUGAGUCAAAAUGUCUGAGCGCUAUGAUUGCACGGAGUGCAAGGACUCCUUAUACGGGCAGAAGUACAUCCUGAGGGAGGACCAUCCUUACUGCAUCAAGUGCUAUGAGGCGCUUUUCUCCAGCAACUGUGAAAUGUGCAAGAAGCUCAUUAGCUGCACCAGCAAGGAUCUAUCCUUCAAGGACUGUCACUGGCACAGUGAAUGCUUUCUCUGCAACAAGUGCAACCGAUCCCUUGUCGACAAGCCAUUUGCAACCAAGAAUGACCUUCUGAUGUGCACCGACUGCUAUUGUGUUGAGUAUUCCUCCAAGUGCCAUGCAUGCCUGAAGACCAUCAUGCCAGGCACCAAGAAGAUGGAGCAUAAGGGCACCAGUUGGCACGAGAAAUGUUUCACCUGCAAAUCCUGCCAGCAGCCCAUUGGCACCAAGAGCUUUGUCAAGAAGGAUGGCAACAACUACUGCCUGGCCUGCUAUGAGAAACUGUUUGCCCUGCAGUGUGUCCACUGCAAGAAGCCCAUAACAACUGGAGGGGUGAGCUACCAUGACCAGCCCUGGCAUAAGGAAUGCUUCGUUUGCACAGGCUGCAAAAUGCAGCUCGCCGGCCAGAGAUUCACUUCUCGAGAUGACUUAACCUACUGCCUUGAGUGCUUCUGCAACCUGUUUGCGAAGAAAUGUGCCUACUGCACCACCCCAAUCAGUGGUCUCGGGGGCAGCAAGUACAUCUCAUUUGAGGCUCGCCAGUGGCACAACGACUGCUUCAACUGCCAAAAGUGCAACGUGUCUCUGGUCGGUCGAGGCUUCCUGACGUUCAAAGAGGACAUAAUCUGUCCUGCCUGUGGUAAAGACCUCUGAGGGAUCUCCAACACCAUGGAAAGGAUUAAAGAGUCAAAUCAGUUCGACUGCCAGUCGACACACCUCUGCAGCAUGUUCAAGCUGUGACAACUGCUGCAUUAUUUUAAAUUUUUUUGCAAACAUUAACCUGCAUGCUGUCUUUGGAUUUGAAUAAUAAACUGGAAAAAAUAUUUUAAUCAAAGGUUUGUCUUGAAGAGCUCUGUGACAAAUGUAAAUGUUAGCCUGAAGUGCAAGUGAUUGUGGCCUAAUUUAUAUGUUAAACCAUAUAAUAACAUUUUAAAAAAAAUAAUAUAUAGCCAUUUCAUAUACAUAUAUAUUAUUGUGUGUGUCUUAUUGUAUAGUUGUGUGUUGUGGUGUGAUUUUGUUUUUUCAAUCAAGCAAUCAAUCAAUCAAUCAAUCAAUCAAUCAAUCAAUCAUAUACAUUGUCAUACUAAUACAAAAAAAAUAUAUGUUUCAUCUGUAAGUAUUGCAAGAUUUCAGUCAAAUUCAAAAUCCUUUCGUCGAUCAUUUGUGUACCAAAGAAAGCAUUGUUUUUAUAUGUUUAGAUUCAUCUAUAUUCUUAAAGUGGUUUUUACUUUUUCUUUGUGAACCAUCGGUUCUGUUUUUGCAUACUGAUCAAUCUUGGUAUUUCUCCAUUGUAUAACGUUUUGACUGUCAUGCCAUCUGUUUUAACUGCUAACAUUGUUUCAGUGCGUUUUGUGUUCCAUGUUUGCUCUUGUCUCAUAAUUUCAUCUGAGUAAGCAGAAUAUUUUAGAAUGAAUAAAAGCAUUAAUUUGUCAAAGUAACAUGACA